AUGAAAUUUUAUCGGUCAACCUCUUUACUGGAUUUAUCCUAUUUCCUUGAAAAUAGUAACAUCUCCUAUACUGCCUACUCUACUGAUUUUGAAAUAGAUAACAUUAAUGGUACAAUUCCCAAUUUUAAUCCUAACAAUCCCGGCACUCUGUUAAUCAGUACAACUGUUGAUGCUAGCUCCACCAGCUCCAGUUCUACUCUAUCUUCCUUUGCCAAUAUCACCACAACUGCCUUGGCUCAUAAGACUAACAGCACUCUUUCAUCUAUAGAUAGUUCAUCCAAAACCUCAAGCAAUCAAUUAGUAACUAUAGUAAGUGUCACUAGUAAUGGAAGUGGAUCCACAAGCAUACUCUCUCUACAGUCCAAGUAA